GUGUGAGAAAAAUCUUAUUGCAGUGGUUGUGUUGACGUUGGGCGGGGAUCAGCAAUGGUAGACAUUGUCUCUGAACAUGAAUCGGAGAAGACGGUUGAAAUCGUCCUCAAAACCAUCGGUCCAGCUCCACCUUCUCGUCUUCGAGUUCCCUCUUCCAUCAAGGUGCGUGAUUUGAGAAGAUUAAUUGCAAGUAAUGGUCAUUUACCUAUUGACAACUUGAGUCUAAUUCUACGCGGAACUGCGCUUUGUGACUUGAAAAAUGGAGAUGAUGUGCGCAUGCAACUCAAUGAUGGAGAUAGCUUGAUUGUUGCUGUCAAACCAAAGCCACCAGUGAAGGAUGGGCAUGACAACGAUGAUGACGAUGAAGAUUUGAAGUUUCAGCUUCCCCAAUCAUCAAGUCGUUGGAAAAAGAAACUAUACUCUUUUCUACAUGAUAAGUUGAAGCUUCCAGAUAUCAUUUUGAUGGUAAUUUUCACUCUGAGUCUGAAGGCAUGGGUUCUGAUAAUCAUGUGGUUUAUCUUGGCCCCUGUUGCCCAUAGAUGGGAUCUCGGACCUUUGUAUAUACUUGCAACUGGCUUUUGUCUCAUUCUCUUCAAUCUUGGAAAGCGCAAAGCUGGUGACUCCAGUGCAUACUCUAUCUUCAAUGAAGACUUCAGAGAGCUUCCAGGGACGCUAAAUGCAGAUCGGUUUGAUAGAGAUAUAAGAGCGGGACAGUUUUGAGCCUUGUCCUCGUCAUCAUCCAAACAUUGAUGUCUUCUCACAAGAUGUAUAUCUUCCCAAUCACACGGAGCUAGUGACUAUCCAAAGAAAGAGUUCAAAAGUACAGUAACUUUUCAGCAAUGUUGUAUUUUAGCCCAGCCCAGAAAUCAAUGAAGUGACUAGUUUUCUGUUUAGUUUUGACCUUCCUUCAAUUAAACAUGCAUGUGUUGUAUGUAAAUUAUACCAGUACCGAUGUAAUGAUAUGUUUUGGACUAAUAUGUUCCCUUGUGAAUAUCUCCGUUUCUUGUCCCUUGGUUUCUGUUUGAGUUUGAGAGUUCUUGUGAACUCUUCUGCAGUGCGAUGCUUUGGGACAUAUACAGAGGCUUGUGUUAGGAUUCCAUAGCUAAUAGUCGUAUUUAAACAUGGGAUUAUAUUCUAUAGUAUCAUAGUACCUAUAUUAUUUUAUUUUA